UCGAGUGUGCACCACCUUCGCCCCAUUUCUUUUAAUUGGAGUUACUGCACUCUUUUAUUUUUUUAAUAACUGCCUAUCAACGGGUUCAGAAAACCAAAUCCUAAUUAUUCAAAUCCAAGCCCUAAUAACCUCCAAUAUUAAUUUCCCCAAUUUCCAAUUCGGUUCGAAAUCCCCAAAGCUCAGGAACCCGAGAUUCCAUGGCGUCGAGGAAGAAAGAAUCCGAAGGAAUUGCCUUGCUGUCCAUGUACAACGACGAAGAUGACGAAGAAAUGGAAGACGUUGAAGAAGACGAUCAUCAACAAAACCAACCAGGUGAAGAAGAAGAAGAAGAAGAGCAACCGCCAGAAGAAGAAAACGAAUUCAGAGAACCAAACAACAACACGGAAGAAGAUUUGAGAACUAGCGACGAUACGCCCCCUUUUCCUCACCAAACCUCCACUCCUUCACAACAACAGCCGCAGCCUUCCAUUUCUUCGCCGCAGCAACAACCGUUGAUGUCUUCAAGGAGAAGUGGCAGAGGAAGAUUGACCAUUGUUGAUUACGGCCACGAUGAAGCUGCCAUGUCACCGGAGCCCGAGGAAGGGGAAUUAGGAAGUAGUGAUGACCUCGUAUUUGGUGUAGAGCAUCAAAUUGCUAAUGGCGAUAUUCAAGGAAAAACGCCUCCAGCUGCUGUUCAAGUGACUCCGCAAUCAUCAGAUGUCGAGCCUUUACAAUCUGAAACCCUGAACAAUGUUGUUGGUGAGUCAGAAGCUGUAGAAAUUGAGGAAUUUGCUUCUGUAGACAAUGUUGAUCUUUUGGAUAAGUUUCUUCCUCCGCCACCAAAAGCCAAGUGCUCAGAGGAGUUACAAAGGAAAAUAGAUAAAUUUCUCAACUUGAAACGAGCUGGAAAAAGCUUCAAUGCAGAAGUUCGUAAUAGGAAGGAUUAUAGGAACCCUGACUUUUUGCUGCAUGCUGUGAGGUAUCAAGAUAUUGAUCAGAUAGGAUCUUGCUUCAGUAAAGAUGUAUUUGAUCCUCAUGGAUAUGACAAAAGCGACUACUAUGAUGAAAUAGAGGCUGACAUGAAACGUGAAAGAGAGAGGAAGGAACAAGAAAGCAAGAAGAAUCAAAAGGUUGAAUUCGUAUCUGGUGGAAGUCAACCCACAGCAGUUCUUACUGCCCCAAAAGCUGGCAUGCCCAUUUCUGUUGAUAACAUUGUGCGGGAUGGUAGACAAAACAAGAAAUCCAAAUGGGAUAAGGUAGAUAGUGAUAGAAAAAAUCCUCUUCCUGUGGGAGCGCAAGAUUCUCUAUCAACUGUUGGAGCACAUACAGUUCUUUUAUCAGCUGCUAAUGCUGGAAGUGGGUACACAGCUUUUGCGCAGCAAAAACGGCGAGAGACAGAAGAGAAAAGAUCCAGUGAAAAGAGGUUGGACAGAAGAUCUUGAGUUUAUCUUUUUUAAUUCUUGUAAGGGUGUUCCAAAAAACUCUUUUGAGGCUAAGCAACAUUUUUUUGCUUUUUCCACCUUCCUAAUGCCUGUGGUAAAAUUUAUACAAUUACUUGUAGAUCACUUACCUAAUUGUAGCUCCAUGUUGAUGCUGUAGUGAUAUAAUGCAUGCUUUAAUCAACGUCUCUCUCUCUCUGUCUCAUGUCAAGAGCUGAAAAUUUCUUGUGAAAUAGAAUAUUGUUUGAUUGAUAUUAAAACUCUGGCCAAUAUUUUGAAAAAACAGCUGGUAUGAAUAGAUCCGUUAUUCACGUCAAGACUAAACAUUUUAAGACUAGUUAUUUGUAGAUGGAAAGUGUUGUCUGGCUGUAACGAGAAAGUACAAAUCUUUGCUCUCCAGCUCUCACACUGUAAACUUGACCUAUCUUCUUGAUAAAAGUUAAAACGCCAAAAAAAAAAAAAAGGGCAUGCAUUGCUAACAAGAUUGGUCAUUAGGAAACAAUCCUUUUGCAUUGUUUAAACAAGAUCGGAUACCUUUUACGAAGUCAAAA